AACAACAACAAAAGCAACUGUCGCGCGUCACACAUAAAACAAUAAUUGAAUAAUUGAAUACUAUAAUAUAACAAGUAAUAACGUACGCGUACAUAUUGUAUUGUAAAGUCAAGUAAAGUAAGCCCAGCAUAAAGCGAUAUCCACAUAGAGCGUAUCCAAGUACCAUAUAUAGUCGUUCUUAUAUAGCCACACUCAAAUUAAUUGCAGCUGUAUGCACGACUCCUUGCAAAAAGAAGGAUCAUAAAGAUAUAUAGAGUACAUGCAUAAAUGUGUGUGCACAUGGUUUGGCGUCCAUCAACUGUCACUGUCACGAUUACGAUAGCCGAGAGCGGAUUGAUCGAUUGAUUGAUAGCGGUAGCGAUUACGAUAACGAUACCGAUACCGAUAGCCCUAGCUGUAACUGUGUAAACGAUAGCCUGCACCUGCGCCUGCGCCUAUGCCCAUCGCUAACCCGCUGUGUGUGUGUGUGCAUGUGUCCCGGCAUCAGUAGAGCGCCCCAGGACCUCCUGCGACUGACUGGCUGCUGCUGCGACUACCGCCACCACAGCAACCGCCAGCGUCACCAGCGCCACCAUCGCCGCCGACUCCUCAUCAUCCCAGCCACGCCACCAUCGCUCACAUAGCCCAUCAUACUUUCAGAUGACAGUUGCGGAUCCCCCCAGAUACAGAUAGAGAUACAGAAAAACACACUGAGAUCGUUUGUUCGCUCGCCCGCCCGCCCGCUCGUACGCUCGCUCUGUCGCUCUGUCGUUCGCACGCACCUAAAGCCAAACAGAAAUCCAACCAACAAAAGCAAAACAAUCAAACAAAAAAUCAAGAACAACAAAAAUCAAGCCAAAAACUAAAUAAUACCAAGCUCAACCAGACGCCUCAUUACCAAACAUCGAACGUUUGCGCUGUCGUUCAAAGGAGCGACUCGAAUCGAAUCAAAUCAAAUUGAAUCAAAAGCGAAACAUAUACCAAAAGUACCAGUAGCAAAAACGCAUAAGCAAAACGUAAACGUUAACGCAAACGCAAAAGCAAUCAUCAGUCAAAGUCGAUAACCCAAAAAGCAGUCAACAUUCAGUUAAAAAUGGCCGAAGACGGUACCAUGGAGACAUGUCCAAGUCCUGAGAUCGGCGAUUCGCGCAAAAGGCCGCUCGAUUCCGAUCCGGAAAAUGAACAAACUAAACGCUCACAUUUCAGUUCCGAUGGAGCUGCAACAGUCGCCGCUGAGUGAGAAUGGUUCACCGAAUGCCACGCCAGGUGCCAAUACGCCGCCCGACACGACGGGGGCCACAUCCACCUCAGCCUUAGUCUCGGCAACGGCAUCAGCAUCGAUCGCUGCCACAUCAGCAGCCACAUCCCAGCAGCAAGCAUUGCCACUGGGCAACUAUAAGACUGCCUCCUGUUGGUGCUACGGUGAGUCAGUUUGUUCUGGAAUUGAGGUUGAAAUUGAAAAUAAUAACAAUAAUCAUAUUCAUCAUGGCGAGACAACGUAUCACAUGAAAAUACUGGUGCCCGCGGUGGCCUCAGGGGCCAUCAUUGGCAAAGGAGGCGAGACGAUUGCCUCCCUGCAGAAGGACACGGGUGCUAGGGUAAAGAUGUCCAAGUCACAUGACUUUUAUCCAGGCACCACUGAACGCGUUUGCCUGAUCACUGGAUCCACGGAGGCCAUUAUGGUCGUGCUGGACUUUAUCAUGGACAAAAUCCGCGAGAAGCCCGACCUGACCACAAAGAUCAUCGAUGCCGAGUCGAAACAGACGCAGGAGCGGGACAAGCAGGUCAAGAUUCUGGUGCCCAACUCCACAGCCGGCAUGAUCAUCGGCAAGGGCGGUGCCUUCAUCAAACAGAUCAAGGAGGACAGCGGCUCCUAUGUCCAGAUCUCGCAGAAGCCCAAGGAUGUCUCGCUGCAGGAGCGCUGCAUCACCAUCAUUGGCGACAAGGAGAACAACAAGAACGCCUGCAAGAUGAUCCUCUCGAAGAUCGUCGAGGAUCCGCAGUCGGGCACCUGUCUGAAUGUCUCCUACGCGGACGUCAGCGGGCCGGUGGCCAACUUCAAUCCAACCGGCUCCCCGUAUGCCACCAAUCAGAAUGCCAUCAACUCGAGCACCGCAUCGCUCAACUCGACGCUGGGCACCUCCAUCGGUGGAGGCAAUUCGGCGGCCAGUCUGCUAGUCAACGGCACCGGCAUCAACUUGUCCAUCAACCUGGGCGCCCCCAAUCCGGCGCCCAAUCUGGCAGUUGCCAACCAACUGCUGGAGCAUAUUAAGGUUGCCAUGCGCGGCUCCGGCUACUCGGAGACCGUCACCACUGAAGUCUGCAACGCCCUGGGCGUCCUGGCCAAGUACGGAGUCCUCGGCAUGGGCGUGGGCGUGCCCCACACCAACGGUGCUCACUCGACGCUGGGCAAUUUCCUGGGUGUAACGACGCUGGACCAGCAGACGGCGGCAGCCAAUGCGGCCAAUGCCAGCAAUGUGUUUGGCGCUGUCGGCCAGGUGAAUCUUGAGCAGUAUGCCGCUGCAGCAGCGGCUGCCGCAGCCGCCAGCCGGCCGACACAGUCACAGCUGGACGCUGCCGCGGCGCAGUUCGAUCCAUUCCGCCAUCUGGGCUCCGCCACGGCGCCGGCCACGCCCGUUUCGCUGAACAACAACAGUUUCGGGCUAACGGCCGCCACGGGAGCGGCGAACAGCGCCCAGUUGGGCGGCCUCAGCAAGAGUCCCACACCUGGGGACCUGAGUUCCAAGGACUCGAAGAACGUGGAGGUGCCCGAGAUGAUCAUCGGCGCAAUUCUAGGUCCGAACGGUCGUAGUUUAGUUGAGAUUCAACAUGUUUCUGGCGCAAAUGUGCAAAUUUCCAAAAAGGGCAUAUUCGCACCUGGCACUAGAAAUCGCAUUGUAACCAUUACUGGUCAGCCGAACGCCAUUGCCAAAGCGCAGUUUCUAAUUGAGCAGAAAAUCACCGAGGAGGAGACAAAGAGGGCGCGACAAAUUCCAUUAACCACUGUUGUGAAUUAAUAUCCAAGUAAACCAAUCAACCAACCCCCAACAAACAAAGAAAAAAACCAAUCAAACAACCAACCAACCAACAAACAAACAAGCAACACACAACAUACAACAUAACACCACAGCAUACACCUAGGCAUACAUAGGCUAUAGCAAGUUUUUCCUCUAACAAAAUUGUUCAUUUUCUGUAAGAAGCAACACCAAAAAAUGACAAAUGGAAAACAAGAAAACAAAAAAACGAAAUAAGUAAAGAAAACCAAAAUGCUAUGAAAUAUUAAAUCUAAAAACUGAAAUAAGAGAAAGGGAACUACAGCAAUAGAAAAAAACACCAAUUGUUAUGCGAACUGCAAAAAAAAAGUUAAACACUUAAUAAAUGUUAAUUAUGUAUUGCAUAUACCUCUCCUCUCCCCUUUCCCCAUUCACCUUUUUGGGUACACUGUUCAAGGCCCCGAGGAGAAAUGCUUUAAAGUUUAGAGAAAACAAAGGAAAAUCAAACGAGAAUGAAUACUUGUAUAAUAAUAUGGAAUAACCCUCUCUACUAUAGACGAUUGUUGCAUUUGUUUGUCACGAAUCGAAUCGAUAUCGAAGUCGAAAUCAAAGUUAACGCCCAGAUCGGAUACACUUGCUAUACAUAGCUAGAAAGAAGGGAAAACUGUUUGGGUUUAUUGUUUGUGAUGCGGUUGUUUGCGUUGCGUGUUUUGUUUUUUGGUUUUUGGCCCCGACAAAAGCUAUAUACGACACAUAUGGGGCAUAUAUACAUAUGUAUAUGUUAUGUACACACGUUGUUGAGUCUUGUUUAUAUAUUAUCCACACACAUAUGCCCAUACAUAUAUAUAUUUACAUAUGCCACCACCACCACACACAACCCUAAACACACACUUACACGAUACACAUAAAUAUUAGCAUUAUGUUGAACUAAAUCGAGCUGAGGAAAAGGCCAAGAAAAGCCUCUUCUUUUCCGUGUACUGAGCGAGCGUUUUCAGUGAAAACUACAGGUGGUUCUUAACCUCGAAAUAAGGUAAAUAUUUUACUACAAAAGAAAAACAAGAAAUACUACGAGUACUACUGAUGACAGGCUAGUGAAAAGUGUUGUUCCCCCGAAAAUAAACUACUCACAUCUUACGUUCUUUCGUUACCGUUUUCUGUUUUCUGUUUCCCGUUUUAUCUGUUCUCUGUUGUUGCCCCUUACCCCCACUCUAUUCCCCCCUAUUGCUUACUGCUGUUAAUAUAUAAAUAUAUACACACGAUUCCACAGCUUUAAACAGAUAUAUAGUUGACGUUGAUCAUGAUAAUGUUGUUAAGUUUUAGAGAGAGACUGUCUAUCCCAUACAAUCAAGUGGUGUUAAUGUGUUGCGCGCGCACGUGAGUCUCCCUUUGGUUAUGAUUUGUGCUCCUGAUUUGUUACUCCUUAUACAAUCAUUGUUUAAUACAUAUAUAUAUUAUUUAUGACUAUGCGAUUUGUUAGCUGCCAGUUUGAGAACUGCACCUCUUAAUUUUUUGAUUUUUGUUUUGUUAACUUCAUAUUCUUUUGGUAAAUUUAGCACAUUUGUUUCUUACAUUCUUAAUCUUAAGUCGUACAUUUUCCUCACAUCACACUCUUUUGAUUGAAACCUUAAUUAAAAGAAGAAACAAAA